CGAAGGUCUUCCAAAAAACCUCCAUGUGCAGUUUUCAAAAAAAAAAAAGACACGGUUUUAUGGCUCUGCAAUUACAGGAACCCACGCAACAAUCUAUGAAGUGAGAAUAAACAAGCGGUGGGCUAUUGAAGACCCACAUAAAAGAAAGUUUAAUGAUAUGAAUUCUCCCGGAAUAGCUGAAUUCGUUAGGUAUUCUCGAAGACUGCAUAGUAGCAGAGAAAGAUUUCCAUCACAGGACUUAAUGGCUAAUGCAAUAAAUUUAAAGAAUAAAGAAGGUAUGACUCCGUGCAGUGGUUGGCAGCAUAGUGCGGGAAAUAAGUUCUCGCAUAGUCUCGCCCAAGUAGGCGUGGGUGUGCAACUUACUCUGAGCAAUGUUCUGUGGGUAGGUUUAAUUGGCUCACCUGGGAGAUACGAAUUCUCUUGGGUCUGCUGGACUCGAUGGCUUACCGGAGGAUAA